AUGGUCCGCGAUCCGGCCCCCUCCCGGCCGGCGCGGCUGGGCGCGGGACCGACUGGUUCCCAGCGGGCCCGCCCCUUCCUGGGCGACGUCACCGCCCCGCCCAGCAACAGCCCCACCUGGCGGAAGGAGGGGGCGGCAGCGCCAGGGGACCCUGGCAGCCCGCUUGUGCCACACUGCCCGCCCACCAAGCACUCCAGGCAGCUCUCAAGGUGGAGGGGCCCCAGGAGACUUCCCGACACGGCGCGCCCAGACCCGACUGAGCCAGUUUCUGGUCCGCUCCGGGCGGCGGUCAACGUGAGCACCCUGGCGCGGGGCACGGGGGUGCAGAGCCCCGGGCGGGGGCCCACUGCGAGCCGCUGGCUGAUCGCAUUGCUGUUGCUGCUGCUGCUGCUGCCGCUGCCCGCCGCCGCCUGGUACAAGCACGUGGCGAGUCCCCGCUACCACACGGUGGGCCGCGCCGCGGGUCUGCUAAUGGGGCUGCGCCGCUCGCCCUACGUGUGGCGCCGCGCACUGCGCCCGGCUGCCGGGUCCCUUGCCUGGGACGGCUUCGGCCUGGGCGUCUCCCCCCAGGGGCCAUCUGCCAGAAGCACCGUCUCUGGGGGGCCCGCCGCCCGCGAUGCUGUGUUGCUUCCCUCCGGAGUUCAGAAACUGUGGGAGGUGCGACGCAGAAGCUCCCGCGCAGGGCUCCCGGUGAGUGCGCCUCGCAGCCCGCGCGCCCCGAAGUCCGCGCCCCAACCGGAGCUGCGGCUGGGAUCCUACUCCUUGACCUCUGAAGAGCAGGCCAGAGCCUUCGGAGUGUCUCCUGCUCAGUCAUGGUCUGCGCAGGGAACCGCCGUCGCCAGCCCCCGCCUCUCCCCAGAGCCGUUCUGAUCGCAGCCCCUGCCCGCGC